UCAAUACCACAAAGCUGAAACCCUCGCAUACAGCACUCCUCUCUCUAUUUCGUCCAAGUCCAAGCCAAUCGCCUUCGUCACCGAACCCUAGCAAUAGAGUCGGGAUUGGAGGUAGCUGAGAACGCAGCGACGGGAUCGCGCAUUGCAGAGACCCAAAACCCCCAUUCUUCUCAUCCUUCAGCUCCUCUCCUAUCCGAAGCCAUCGAGGAAGCUUGAUUCUUCGAAAUUAUACUGUAGAAAAUGGCAAAGCGGAUGCUAUCCAACUUGAUUUCUAGAGGCAUCACUCAUUCUUUUGAGUCAAGGGUGGUAUCAAUGCCUUUUCUUGGGCAAAGUAUGCGGUAUUCAACAGGGAUAAGUGGUGAUUCAGAUACACAUGAAGAUUUUCGUUCCACCAAUAAAUUGGAAGGCUCCGGAAUCUCUGUGCAGGAUGUUGUUCAAAAGGAUAUUAAGAUAAAUCCAGUGAUGAUUUAUAUGAAGGGUGUUCCUGAUGCUCCUCGGUGUGGAUUUAGCGCAUUGGCAGUCAAAGUUCUACAACAAUAUGGAGUUCCUAUAAGUUCCAGAAAUAUUUUGGAAGAUCCUAUUCUCAAAGAGGGUGUAAAAUCGUUUAGGUUAGUGCUUAUCAAUCGCCAUAAUUCAUAUUUGUGAAAAUCAUCAAUCAUA